AUGCAGCGAGCCACGCGCGUAGCAGCGAUUUCUAGCUUUAACCUAGCGGUGGCAGUCCCGCUGCGGCGCCUCGUCUCAUCCAUGGCUUCAUUCGCCACCGUGCCGCCCCGCGAGGCCAAGGCGCUCCUCGAGACCUCCCACACCUUCCUCGACGUCAGGUCGCUUCUCCCGCCGCCUUCUCCCGCCCUUUAUGCCCUUUCCGCCCUUUCCGCCUCAAUUCGUUUCGCUGCGCUCAUGAUAUUAGUCCCCGCGCCCUCCGCACCUUCCUCGACGUCAGGUUGCUUCUCCCGCCCUUUCCGCCCUUUCCGCAUCGAUUCGUUUCGCUGCGACGUCAGGACGGAGGAGGAAUUCGCCACGAGCCACGUGGAAGGUGCCGUGAACGUCGCAGUGAUGACUGGCGACCCUCAUAAAGGCGACAGUGAGAAGCGCAGCGACUUUCUGGACAUUGUCAAGAGCAAGUUUCAGCCCGACACACCCCUCGUUGUGUCAUGUGGGGCGGGGCGGAGGGCCGCGGUUGCAGCAGCAGAUUUGGUGGAAGCGGGCUUCACCAAGGUGGUCAGCUUGGAGGGUGGACUCAAGGCAUGGAAGGGCGAGGGAUACCCCCUUGUGGAGUGA